UACAAAGUGGCCCACUGACUUUACCCUGUAUAAAUCUUAUGAAGAACAAAGAAUUGUUGAAAAACUUUUACUUGUAUUUUUUACUGCUUAAAAAGAGAGCAUAAAAAAAUAAACAGCCUGGACCAGUAAAAAUAAAAAUAAGGGUGAUUGUAGGUUGUAGUUGUUAUUAAUGCUUCCAUAAUCUUUUAUGAGUCAAGCCCAUGUCCUGAGUGAUUGAGAGAGAUACAGACAGAUUGAAAGGGAUAGGAAAGACACUAAAAGUUUACCUAAACAAGAUGAUAUGUUUUUUAUGCUCACAAAUUCUUAUAAAGAGGCACUUAAAGGAACAACUUUCCUUACAAAAUAAUAUAUCAAAAAAACACCAGUAAAUUUUUUUUUUUUCCACUUAAUUUCUCUCUAUUUGUUUCCUCUCAUGGAGCUUCUCACAGCACUCUAUCUAUUUCCCUUCUUGUACAUCGCUUACCUUCUAUGUAAGCGGGUAAUUAAUAAGAGGGAUCAAUGCUGCUACAUGCUUCACUAUGAGUGCUUCAAGCCUCCAGAAGAUAGGAAGCUAAGCACUGAAAAGUGUGCCAGCAUUGUAUUCCGAAACAAGAGACUUCGUAUAGAGGAAUUUAGGUACCUCUUGAAAACUAUAGUGAGUUCUGGCAUUGGAGAGUCAACUUACUGUCCUAAAAAUGUCAUUGAAGGCAGAGAAGCAAGUCCUACUCUUAAUGAUGCCCUGGAAGAGAUGGAUGAAAUCAUCUUCGCAACACUUGAUAAGCUAUUCGAUAGGUCAGGGAUAUCCCCAACAGAUGUUGAUAUCCUUAUCGUCAAUGUCUCCUUGCUAGCAACAGUUCCUUCUCUCACAUCCCGGGUUGUUAACCGUUAUAAAAUGCGGCACGACAUUAAGACAUUUAACGUCACUGGGAUGGGUUGUAGUGCAAGCCUCAUUGCCAUUGAUAUUGUCCAGCAACUUUUUAAAGUAUACAAGAAUGUGAACGCUAUUGUCGUUAGCAGUGAAUCUAUGGGAACACACUGGUACACGGGCAGAGACCGGUCCUUCAUGCUCUCCAACUGUCUGUUCCGCACAGGGGGUUGCUCAAUGCUCUUCUCAAACAACAGACAUUUGAAACAUCGGGCUAUUAUCAAGCUCAACUACUUGUUGAGAACCCACCUUGGAGCUGAUGAUGAGGCCUACAAUUGUUGCUUCCAAAAAGAAGAUGAUGAGGGGUACCCUGGAUUUUGUCUCACCAGGCAUCUCCCAAAGGCAGCUGCUCAAGCCUUUACUGAGAAUCUUAAGGUGCUGGUGCCUAGGAUUUUACCGUUACGGGAGCUGAUCCGAUAUCUACUUAUAUCUAGUAGUUGGACAAAGGGUGACCUUGAAAAAGUUGGACAAGGAUUAAAUUUCAAGGCUGGUAUUCAACACUUCUGCAUACAUCCAGGUGGCAGGGCUGUUAUUGAUGGUACAGGAAAAGGCUUGCAGCUCAGUGAUUACGAUUUGGAACCCGCUAGGAUGGCACUUCACAGAUGGGGGAAUACCUCAGCUGCUGGCUUCUGGUAUGUUUUGGGUUACAUGGAGGCUAAAAAGAGACUCAAGAAAGGGGAUAAGAUUCUCAUGAUUAGCUUUGGGGCAGGAUUCAAGUGCAAUAAUUGUUUGUGGGAGGUGAUGCAAGAUUUAAAAGAUAGGAAUGCUUGGGAUGACUGCAUAGAUGAAUACCCAGUGAAAACCAUAGUAAAUCCUUUUAUGGAAAGGUACAACUGGAUCAAUGACGAAACAUUGAGCUUUGUUAGACUGGACUAGAGAGGCAAGAACACCACCAAUACUGUUAGCAUAUUGUUUUUCAUGUAUGUUGUUCUUAAUCUUGAACUUUAUUUGUGUUUUCUUUUUAUUAUAAAAGUUUAGGUUUCCAGCAUAAUUGCUGAUUAUAGGGCCAUAUUAUUCUGGUUAUAGGUCCAUGUAAUUCUUACACCAAUCUGAUUGAUCUAAAAUCUCCCCACAAAAAAGAAACGAGAGAAUAAUGUUAUUUACUUAUUUUCUUGGUUUUAUAAUUAGAGUGAGUACCUCAA